AUGGAGCAAAACACCACCCCCAUGAGAUAUAAGAUGAAUUUGACGGUUGAUCUGAAUAAUGUUCAACUCAUCAAUGUCUACAGAGGGGACUACGUUGCCUUCAAAUUGACGCCUUAUCUGCAAUCAACGAAGCAUUCCAGCAAAGCAAGCUUCCAUAAUCGUUACUACUACGACAAAUUUUGCGGCAUCCUUCUCGACUUUUUCUUUGGCUUAUUGCGGUUAGAAAGUCUUAUAUUCCCUUCAGCCGAAUUUGUAAAUGGAAUCCGGAAUGGGGCAACGCUGAUUGUCGUGCUCCAAUUCCUGACCACUCAGACUCAAAAGCCAUUGAAGCACAUUUUUUCCCUCGCGCUCCGGAUACUGAGGAUGGGCCAGAUAAGCGAAAUCGGUGGUUUCUACGCAUUAGCGCUCUCUGAAAAGGGAAAAAGCAGUAUUGGGGACUCGAGAUGA